AUAUAUUAUUAUCUAUUUUAAUCUUCUCAAUAUGCAAAUCUAGUUAUAUAAAAGUACCAAGUACCAAAUCUUUUUUACUAAUCAUGAAUGAGGUAUAAGCAUAUAAGAGUGAUACGUUAUGCGCUAAGUAAUAAUACAACUUACGUGGUACUGAUCUUCCUGCUUUCUCUCGGUGGUACUGGUACACAUUUGUAGCGCGAACUUUUCGCGAAAAUAGAAACGAUACGGCAGUAUCAGUGGGAUAAAGACCUUAAUUCAGUCGGUCAGUGUGUUCCGCAUUUUUGGAUCUGGAUUUUAUAUGUAGCGCAGAAUAUUUUACGUACGCUGCAAAAAAUGGGAGUGCCUCAACAAAAACUAUUCACCACCCAGAGCCACUUUUCCAGCCACUUGAUUGACGAUAACCAAAAUUAUAUGUUAGAUCCUUCUGUAAACAGCAUUUCGAAAUUUUACGAACACUCCAAAAUCUUUAUUACUGGAGCUACUGGUUUUGUCGGUAAAGCUUUAGUAGAAAAGCUACUAAAAUCAUGCCCAAAAAUAGAUGCAAUUUUCCUACUUAUGAGGCCCAAGAGGGGCGUACCAGUGGAGCUCAGACUCAAAGAACUAUUCAAAAAUUCUGUAUUUAACCGGAUAAGAGAAACGGAUCCUGAUGCAUUUGAAAAAGUUAAAGCUAUACCGGGAGAUGUAGGACUACCAAACUUGGGCCUAUCGGAUGAAGAUCGAAAUUUUCUGAUUGAAAAUAUCAAUAUAGUAUUUCACUCUGCUGCCACAGUCAAGUUCAACGAAGAUCUGAAAACUGCGAUUAUCUUGAACACCUUAGGGACCAAAAGGCUUUUGGAACUAUGCGAAAAAAUGAUGCAUUUGAAAAGCUGUGUUCACGUUUCUACCGCUUAUUCUAACUCUGACAAACAAACGGUUAAUGAACAGGUUUACGCUCCAACCUACGACGCUUACGCCAUGAUAAAUUUAAUCGAAAACCUACCAAGUGAUAUUAUCGAAGCGAUAUCUCCAAAAUUAGUGGGAAACCACCCCAAUACGUACACUUUCGCAAAAGCAUUGGCGGAGCAACUGGUUAUGGAACAUUCUGGAACUGUACCAACAGCGAUAGUGCGACCCUCCAUCAUUACAGCUGCUUGGAAAGAGCCAUAUCCUGGAUGGGUAGACAACGUAAGCGGAAUAACUGGAAUCUUAAUGGAAUGCGGAAGAGGUACCAUCAAAACGAUCAUAUGCGAUGAUAAAUGUCGCAUGGACUUGGUUCCGGUAGAUAUUGUGGUUAAUACUUUGAUUACUAGUGCCUGGCAUACAGUUGCUUAUAGAUCCAAUUCUAUGCGAGUGUACAACUGCACCAGCGGAACAGAUAAUCCAGUAACUUGGAAACAGUUUGGCGAAUACACUUUAAAACAUAGCGUAAUAUGGCCUAGCAAAUACGUCACUUGGUAUCCAGGUUUCACUUACAGAACCAGCAGAAGGAUUCAUGAUUUGUGUACCCUAUUGUACCAUAAUAUUCCCAGUACGAUAUUGGAUAUAUUCUUGUAUUGUACCGGAAAAAAACCCAUGAUGUUAAAAAUUAGUAAAAAGUUUAACCAAGCUCUGAUAGCCGGAAGUUUCUUUUCGACAAAUGAGUGGAUCUUCGGGUCGUCGACCUUUAAAAGUCUAAGAAAAUCUGUGGAGUUUGCUCAAGAUGGAAAGGAGUUCUCUGUAGAUAUGACAGAAGAAAGCGGUUUUGAUUGGGAUGAAUAUAUCGGGGAGUUCUUGAAAGGCAUAAGGCUUUAUGUUCUGAAGGAUGACUUAAGUAGUUUACCUAAUGCUCUAAAUAAAUUAAACAGAUUAUACUGGUUUCAAAGGAUAUUUCAAGCGAUUACCUUCUAUAUUUUCUUAAGGAUAGUGUCGUCUUAUUUCUAAGAUAUUAAGCUAUAAAAUAAAUAGUAUAGUUUUGUAUUUAUUUUUACGAAUAUGUAUAUAAAGUGCUGUCCAAAACUUCAUUAAAUAAUAAUAUUUAAAAAGAUUUUCAAAGAUCCUGACAUUAAAAUUUAAAAAAACUCUUCUUUGUCACUUAUUAUCUAAAACACUUAAAUGAUUUGGCAAAAGUAGAUUUACUUAGUUUGGGGAACCGAGCAAUUUUUAAACAAAUUCAUAUUGACUUUAUAUUGCAUUUUUUUUCCAAAUAUCUUUUGGACC